UCAGCAGGUAACAGUCAACAAUUUACCUGUGACAGGUGAGAAAUGCAAAUGGUGGACGCCAAGAUGUGAUGAAUGCGGAAAUGCAGUUUUCGUUAGAUUUUAUUUUAAUCUAAACAACCAUUGCAAAUUGUUUCCCAUAACUUUAUGUAAAAAAUUAACUUUGAGUGUCAGCAUAUAAGACAGGUCAGGUGACGGGAAAACACUUUCUCAAAAGUUUACAGAAACCGGAAAUCAAAAUUUGAAGUAAACAAUGUAUCAGAAUAAACAAUACAGUUAUGGCAAAUCUAGAAGUCCAGGCGAGGUGAUUGGGGAAUGCCUCCACAAUGUCUUUAGUUCGGGCUUCCUGCUCAUCUCUGGGCUAUUGUUGGUGUUUUCUUCGUUGGUGUCGAUCGUCAGCUGUCUGCUGCCCUUCUGGUUCAAGUUGACACUAUACAACCAGAUUUUUGGAGACGAGGUAAAAGCCAACGACAUCGAGAUUGAUACUGGACUGUAUUUCAUGGACAAGGACAGAUUUAUCAAUUUAUUGAUGAUAGACAAAGCAUCAAGUGUCCAGCUCAUGCCAGAUUAUUUGAAAUUUGCCCAGUUGUUAUUCCUGGUUGGUACCAUUGGUAUAUUGGUAUGCACUGCCUCAGCCAUUUUGUUAUUGACACGUGACAAGGUGGUUGUUUCUGCAGAGAUGUCGUUAGCAGGUGCUACGGUUGCAAUAGCUUUAUGUCAAGUUUUAGGAGUUAUUCUUUGUGUGAUGCAAGUGCUUGUUAAUGACCAGGCCAUGUGGCAGGACCUCCCAGUCAAAGAUGCCAUCCCUAACCGCUUUGGUUACUACAAAGUCUUAGAGGCCUAUCCAAAGAUAGAGUUCAACUGGGGAUUCUACUUCGCAGCAGCUGCAGCCCUGUUCUCUCUGGUCUCUGCCAUUUGUGUAGUCAUUCAGAUGUUUUCAUCCUGCAACCGUCUUAGCCACAUUCGGUACCAGAUGCUGAGAGAGAAGCCUGACGAGGGAACCAGUCCUAUAACUGGUUACCCGUAUUAUGCUAACAAGGGCUACGACCAACAACCUGGAGGAUAUGGUUUACCACCACCUGAAGAACGACCUCUUAUGUAUACAGUACACCCUUACCAAAUGCCUUCAGCCUCAGAAGUAGAUCUCUAGACCAAUUUUCCAGGAUGUAUACUGGUACCUAAUAAAGGGGCAUUUUGGAACCAGUUUAUAACUUAAAAAGAUCUAUGGAUAUUUGAACACUGCUGACAAUUCUAGUCUUAAAAUUAGAGUAACAUGUUAGAUUUAAUUUCUGUCUUUUUUUUAUGCUUUUGGUAAAGUUACGUAAAUACAUCAUUUGAACAUGUUCAAACAU